AUGCCCUCAAUGUGGCUGUCGGACGCCCAGAAAAUCGGAGUGGCCUUCUGCUCCGGCGGUGGCUUCUUCCUGAUAGGAGGAGUGUUCCUCUUCUUUGACCGGGCCAUGCUUGCGAUGGGAAAUAUCCUCUUCCUGAUCGGACUCACUAUAAUAAUCGGGCCGCAGAAGACGCUGCUGUUCUUCGCGAGGAAGCAAAAGGCAAAGGGCACGGCGGCCUUCUUCGCCGGGCUGGCCCUCAUACUGCUGCGGUGGCCGCUGAUCGGCUUCUGCGUCGAGCUGUACGGCAUCAUGGUGCUGUUUGCGACUUCUUCGGCACCAUCGCCGCCUUUGCGAGGAGCGCGCCCGUCGUCGGGCCGUAUAUCGGCCUCGUGA